UCCGAACUGUCAGGGAAAGGGUAAUCAAGCGGCGGCCAUUUUUAGAUCCGAAAUUCUUUGUCGGCUUUCACUUUCUCCAAUUUGCAACGAUAUAGAAGAUACAGACAUUACUUCUGAUUGAUUGCUGUAUAUAUAGUAUCAUCAACCAGUAGACUCGAAUACAUAUAUCCGCGGGACGCUACGACGACUGGCUGCAGUGACUACAACGUGAUACAGAUUACGAUACGAAGAACAGACAAGCGAUUCAAGAAUGUCAGACGGUGGAAUGAAGCGCAGUGCAGAUGAUGAUGGUAUGGGUGGAAACAAACGUCCCCGUGGAGAUGGCAUGAAAGCAGAGCUGAGAUUCCUUAUCCACAGUCAUAAUGCUGGUGGCAUCAUUGGAAAAGGAGGCACCAACAUUAAGAGGCUUAGAUCUGAGUACAAGGCCAAUGUAAACGUACCAGACUCAGAAACCCCAGAACGGGUCCUAACUGUGGGUGCCCCUAUUGAUACCAUCAUGAAGAUAAUGACAGAAAUCAUACCACUUCUGGAGACUCAUUCUAACAAAGGUGACCAACAUGGCCAAUUUGAAGGAGAUAUUAACAUGCUGGUCCACACUAGCCAAGCUGGGUGUAUCAUUGGACGUGGAGGCAACCAGAUCAAACAACUUAGAGAGCAAACUGGUACCCACAUCAAGGUGUUCCAAGACACAUGCCCAGGAUCGACAGACCGUGUCGUUUCUAUUCAAGGGACCAUUGAGAAAGUUGUUUCUGUAAUCGGUGAAAUAUACAACCUGAUUGAAAAAACUCCCAUCAAAGGCAUCAAAAACCCAUAUGACCCAAAUUACAACAUGCAGAGUGACCUUUACCCAGAGCAGUACGGUGGUUUUAGCUAUUCUGAUGGUCGCCACGGGGGACGAGGAGGUGGCCGAGGAGGGGGUAUGGGUAGAGGUGGUCGCGGUGGUGGCGACAACAGAAUGGGACGUGGGGGUCGAGGUGGAAGUGGAGGAAGAGGGGGCCGUGGAGGAGGAUUUAUGGGUGGAAGAGGUGGAGAUGGCAUGGGAGGAGGUGGUGGAUUCGGGGGUGGAGGAAGCAAUAUGGGAGGAAGAGGUGGACUUGGAGGGGGUGGAUACGGUGGUGAACAACAACGAAGUGAUAUGGGUGGUCUAGGAGGUGGACUGGGUGGUAAUAUGGGAGGUGGUUUUGGCGGAGGUCGUCGAGGAGGAAGAGGAGGUGGAAUGGGAGGUGAUGGUGGAGAUAGAAUGAACAGUGGAAGAGGUGGACUGGGAGGAAGCGGUGGAGGAAUGGGAGGUGGCUCUGGAAUGGGUUCUGGAAGUGGCCUUAAUCAGAACUUCACCUCAGACUCAAUGGGAAGCUCAGGUGUCAUCUUCGGCAACCAGACCACUACAACUCAAGUCAGCAUUCCUAAAGAUCUUGCUGGAGCUAUCAUUGGCAAAGGUGGUUCAAGGAUCCGUGAAAUCCGUCAUAAAUCUGGUGCAGAGAUCACCAUAGAUGAGGCACUGCCUGGUAGCUCUGACAGAAUCAUCACAAUUGCUGGAAAUGGUGAUCAGAUCCAGUUUGCACAGUUCCUCUUACAGGAGAGUGCAAGGAGUACACAACAGAACCGAGCUAGCUAGACCCUAGUAGCUUUCUAUAUGAUAUCCAUCCUCUGUGAAGAUGUAUUCGGGUCAGUAUAAUAAAAACUAGGAUACUACAACACCUACAAUAGGACCUUGAUAAAUGCAUACACUGACAGUGGUUGAAUAAGCAACUCAUAUGUCCGACAAAAUCCCCAUGUAGAUAUGCUCUUCAAACUUGAAGUAUUUUUCAACGGACAUUUUAUUAACGUCGAUCAAAAGUUGACUGUAGACUAGUUCUGAUAUCAUAUUUUUAUAUUUGUAUUUUAUCAUUUAUCAUGUAUCAGACAGAUAGUUCAUAAAAUGAUCUGAAAUCUUCUAGUGUUUUUAUUAUAAUUUUAAGCUUUAUUUUCAAAUAUAAAGUCUAAAGAUAUCAACUAUGGGGCAAAUUACAUAUCCCUUUUACUGUCUCGGAACUUGAAAAGUUUGGUCUUCCAUGUUCAAAUUGUGAAUUAUUUUUAGUAACAGAGAUAAUACUUAAGAAAAGUUGAUAUUGAAUUAGAUUUUAUAUGGUACAAUUAUCCAAGAACUAUUGUGACUGUUUUGAAAAAAGGUCAUAAUAUACAGGAUGUCCAUGAAGUCUAUUCACACUUUACACAGACUUUGUAUUGUAAUUG